AUGCAUCUAGCGGAUUCUCUAUUAGGUUCAGGAUCAGAUGAAGAAGAAGACGAAGAAUCGAGAACAGCCAACAAUUCAAGUAGUCCAGCGCAUGCUACACAUCCGGCGUUACAUUCAGAGCUUUCGCAUAAUGGUGAUACUAAGCCCCACGAGGACUCUGAAGACCAGGGCUCACUGGACGGUGACCCGGAGACCAGGGAUUCGCAGGCAGAGAACAAAUCCCCAGACGACGGAAACGGCGGUUCUAAACGACGGGGACCCCGCACCACGAUAAAGGCGAAACAGUUGGAGAUACUAAAGUCGGCAUUUUCUCAGACACCGAAACCAACUAGACACAUACGGGAACAACUGGCGAAAGAAACUGGUCUCCCCAUGAGAGUAAUACAGGUCACAAUAACGACGUAUAACGGCAUAACGCCGACGACAAUAACGCCGUUGACCAAUACUUAA